GAUUCACCUACAGACCAAACCCCCCACUUCCACUGAGGGAGACAGCCUGUCUGUCCACAGCUACAGGAGGGAAUACUGGACCAGGCUGGGACUGACACAUGCUGCUGACUGGACUCACUGGACGGGAAUGAACCAAGGAGUGAGGUCUGUACACUGGAAUGUUCGAAAAUUUGCCGAAUAAAACAAGUAUUAGGAGCAUUUCGGGGUGCAGACCUCACUGCUUUGUUCCAAAUUUUGCGAUUUUUGUGUUGCACCCUGAUAUUUUUCUCUGGAUAUGAGCACAGCUGGUCCUCUUCUGAAGCUUUACAAGAACCACCACUCAGAGUGAAAGUGAAAGUAAGCUUCAGAUCGUUGUAGAGGAGGGAGGGGUACUACAGCUGUCUGGGUUCGUGUUUGAUUGGUCUAACAAGUUUAACUUCAGAUUCACUCUGAGAGAAAAUGGCUUCCCGCCCAUCACUUCCGGAAGAGGAUCUCUCCUGUCGUGUGUGUCAUGACAUCUUUAAAGAUCCUGUCGUGCUGUCAUGUAGUCACAGCUUCUGUAAAGACUGUCUACAGAAAUGGUGGCGAGACAAACCAUUACGGGAGUGUCCACUUUGUAAGAGAAGAUCUUCGAAGAGUGAACCACCUUGUAGUUUGGCGUUAAAGAACCUGUGUGAGGCCUUCUUAAAGGACAGCAGUCACAGAGCUGCAGCAGAGUCUGAGACUCUCUGCAGUCUGCAUGCUGAGAAACUCAAACUCUUCUGUCUGGACCAUCAGCAGCCAGUGUGUCUCGUCUGUCUACACUCAAAAAUACACACCAACCACAGAAUCAGACCCAUCGGUGAAGCUGCAAUGGGUCACAGGGAGCAACUCCAGACAUCACUGAAGCCCUUACAGGGGAAGUUAAAGGAUUUAGAUGAAGCUAAAAGAAACUUUGACCAAACAACAAAACGCAUUAAGGUCCAGGCCCAGAACACAGAGAGGCAGAUUAAAGAGGAGUUUAAGAAACUUCACCAGUUUCUACAAGAGGAAGAGGAAGCAAGGAUUACUACAGUGAGGGAGGAAGAGGAGCACAAGUGUCAGAUGAUGAAGGAGAAGAUUGAGGGGCUGAACAGAGAGAUAGCAGGCCUCUCAGACACAGUUGAAGCCAUAGAGAAGGAACUGGGAUCUGAAGACAUCUCAUUCCUGCAGAACUACAAGGUUACAGUGAAAAGAGCCCAGAGCACACUGCCAGAUGUUCCACAGCUGGUCUCAGGAGCACUGAUAGACGUGGCCAAACACCUGGGCAACCUGAGCUUCACAGUCUGGAGCAAGAUGAAGGAGAUGGUCUCGUACACUCCUGUGAUUCUGGACCCAAACACUGCUGCUCCACUUCUAAUCCUGUCUGAGGACCUGACCAGUGUGAGACGUGGAGAGAGACAGCAGCUUCCAGAAAACCCAGAGAGGUUUAACAGGUACUCUGUCCUGGGCUCUGAGGGUUUUAAUUCAGGAACUCACAGCUGGGAUGUUGAGGUUGGAGAAAGUUCAGGCUGGGUACUGGGGGCGAUGGAAGAGUCUGUCCAGAGGAAGACAGACAAAAGAGGUAGAGCAUGGAGGAUAAGGUCCUAUUUAGGUGAAUACUCAGCAGCAUCUCCAUCAGGAUCAGCCACUAUUCUCUCAGUGAGAGUGAAGCCUCAGAGGAUCAGAGUGAAGCUGGACUGCAACAGAGGAACUCUGUCAUUCUCUGAUCCAGAUACCAACACACACAUACACACCUUCACACACACUUUUACUGAAAGGCUGUUUCCAGUUAUAGUGAAUUGGCAUGUAGACUUUAUGAAGGUGUUACCAGUGAAGGUCUUUUUAAAACUGGAACAACAGAAAUAGAGAUUAUGAUGGUGAAAACUGACUUGAAGUGAUGUAACAAUUUGUGUGUGUGUGUAUAUAUACACACACACACACACACACACACACACACACACACACACACACACACACACACACACACACACCGGCCACUUUAUUAGGCACACCUGUCCAACUGCUCGUUAACGCAAAUUUCUAAUCAGCCAAUCACAUGGCAGCAACUCAAUGCAUUUAGGCAUGUAGACAUGGUCAAGACGAUCUGCUGCAGU